CGUUCUUGGGAUCGCUGCAGACUCCGCACCGCUCGCCUGCGCACCAUAGAUCCACCCUCUGUGCGUCCCUCCUCCGCUUCCCCAGAUAAGAGGUCCCUCUGAAGGCGGAGGGAACGACAGUGGCUACCACCGGAAGCCCAAGAUCCUAGAAGCUAGUCUCACAAACAGCAGCGCCCCGAAAGGGAAGAGAAAGGGCCACUAACGACGCCCCCUCCCGCCCUGUUUCUCCCUGACCCGGAAGUAAUUUCCCCCUCUUCUCUUCACUCCGCCCCCCCCCCCCAUAGUUGAGAAGGGAGGAAAGGGACGGCCGGGUCUGGCCCGGCAUGCCCUAGGCUUCCGGUGACCUCUGGCCCUUUUCUGUCGUCCGCUGUCGCUGCCUAGCGUGCUCGCUAGCCCACGGCUUUCCUUUCCUCCCUCUGGUGUUCCUUCGCACGCUACCUGGUGACUGAGGCGCCCGCGACCAGCAGGGAGGCGGCGGCGGAGGACACUUGUCAUGGCCGCCUCUAAGCCUGUGGAGGCGGCGGUGGUCGCGGCGGCUGCGCCUAGCUCCGGGAGUGGGGUGGGCGGCGGCGGCGCGACUGCGGGCCCUGGCACUGGGGGCCUACCGCGAUGGCAGCUGGCGCUAGCAGUCGGGGCGCCCCUGCUGCUGGGCGCAGGUGCCAUGUACCUGUGGAGCCGGCAGAGGCGACGCCGGGAGGCUGGGGGCCGAGGUGAUGCCGGCGGUUUAAAGCGUAACAGCGAACGGAAGACCCCAGAGGGUAGGGCCAGUCCGGCCCCGGGCAGCGGACAUCCCGAGGGCACCGGUGCUCACCUGGAAAUGAACUCUCUUGAUAGAGCCCAAGCAGCCAAGAACAAAGGCAACAAAUAUUUUAAAGCAGGAAAAUAUGAACAAGCUAUUCAGUGCUAUACUGAGGCGAUCAGCUUGUGCCCUAUAGAGAAGAACGCUGACCUUUCCACAUUUUAUCAGAACAGAGCUGCUGCCUUUGAACAGUUGCAAAAAUGGAAAGAGGUGGCACAGGAUUGUACAAAGGCUGUUGAACUUAAUCCCAAAUAUGUGAAAGCUCUCUUUAGACGUGCAAAAGCCCACGAGAAGCUAGACAAUAAGAAGGAAUGUUUAGAAGAUGUCACUGCUGUAUGUAUACUAGAAGGGUUCCAAAAUCAACAAAGCAUGCUGUUAGCUGAUAAAGUUCUUAAACUUCUUGGAAAAGAGAAAGCCAAAGAAAAAUACAAGAAUCGUGAGCCUCUGAUGCCAUCUCCACAGUUUAUCAAAUCUUACUUCAGUUCCUUCACAGAUGAUAUUAUUUCUCAGCCCAUGCUUAAAGGAGAGAAGUCUGAUGAAGAUAAAGACAAAGAAGGAGAGGCCUCAGAAGUUAAAGAAAAUUCUGGAUAUUUAAGGGCCAAACAGUAUAUGGAAGAAGAAAACUAUGAUAAAAUAAUAAGUGAAUGCUCAAAAGAAAUAGAUGCUCAAGGCAAAUACAUGGCAGAAGCAUUAUUACUACGAGCUACCUUCUACCUGCUUAUUGGCAAUGCCAAUGCAGCCAAACCAGAUUUAGAUAAAGUCAUCAGUUUGAAAGAAGCUAAUGUGAAGCUUCGAGCAAAUGCUCUUAUCAAAAGAGGCAGCAUGUACAUGCAACAGCAGCAGCCUUUGCUGUCUACUCAGGAUUUUAACAUGGCUGCUGACAUUGAUCCUCAAAAUGCAGAUGUUUAUCACCACCGAGGACAGCUGAAAAUACUGCUUGAUCAAGUUGAAGAAGCAGUCGCAGAUUUUGAUGAAUGUAUUAGAUUAAGACCUGAGUCAGCUCUGGCACAAGCUCAGAAAUGUUUUGCAUUGUAUCGCCAGGCAUAUACGGGAAACAAUUCUUCACAAAUCCAAGCAGCUAUGAAAGGUUUCGAAGAGGUCAUAAAGAAAUUUCCAAGGUGUGCUGAAGGCUAUGCACUAUAUGCUCAGGCAUUAACAGAUCAACAGCAGUUUGGUAAAGCUGAUGAUAUGUAUGAUAAAUGUAUUGAUUUGGAGCCAGAUAAUGCCACAACAUAUGUUCAUAAAGGUUUACUUCAGCUUCAGUGGAAGCAAGAUCUGGAUAGAGGUUUGGAGCUCAUCAGCAAGGCUAUUGAAAUUGACAAUAAAUGUGAUUUUGCAUAUGAAACCAUGGGAACUAUUGAAGUGCAAAGAGGAAACAUGGAGAAAGCCAUUGAUAUGUUCAACAAAGCUAUUAACCUGGCCAAAUCAGAAAUGGAGAUGGCUCAUCUGUACUCACUCUGUGAUGCUGCCCAUGCCCAGACAGAAGUUGCAAAGAAAUACGGAUUAAAACCACCAACGUUAUAAAAUCAGGGGGAAAGGAGAAUGACCCUCUUUUUAGAAGUUUACUCCCUUUUCAACUGAACCCUAAAGACACUGUCAUGAACUGUGUUGAAUGGUGGAACUUAGUAUUUCUGUUUGUGCUAUUGUCAUUUGUUACAUGUUUCAUGUUUAGGUGUUGUGGGAGUGGCUGUGGAAGGAAGUUUGCAGUGUUGCAGCUUUAUUCCCUGUACAACAAAAGCUUAGAACAUGUUAAAGGGAUAUUAAAGUUGCAAAGAGUACAGAUGAUAAUUGGCCAUGCAAAUAAAAACUUUGAUUUGUUGA